ACUGUAUUAAGCCGGACAUGGUUCAGCUCACUCCGCGUCAUCGCGUGGGCCUCGCGAUACGUUCAGUCUUGGCUUUAUCUACCUGUGCCAAGAAGGUCUGUGUCAUUCAUACCACGGCGGAUCAUGGAAGACAUCAAGGGGAGAAUACUGGUGUACUCCAUAUUGGGCUGUCCUCAUUGUAUGAGGGCGAAAAACACUCUACACUCUCACAAUCUACCGUAUACUGACAUUAGCCUAGAAGCGUUCCCUCAGUGUCGGCAAGAAGUCAUCGACAGGACCGGCAAGAAAACUGUGCCCCAGAUCUUCUUCAACAAUGUGCACGUCGGAGGAAAUGAUGAUCUCCAAAAGCUGGUUGAAGACAAGGAGAAGUUCCAUGAGCUUGUUGAGAUUGUCCGUCACAAUGAGCCCCCUUCUGGUGCUCCAGUCCCCCCAGACCCGUCCACUGCUGUUAAAGAUGCAGACACAGCCGGCUUUACCUGUGAACUGGACGAGUAUGCCAAGUUAGUGAAGGAGAUAGAAAACAGCGGUAUCAUCAAAGACCAUCGCAAAGGCUUAAAGACUCACAAAAACUCUUUCACUGGGAAAGACUUUAUUGACUGGGUGGAGAAAAACAAGGGUUUAGACCGGGAAAGAGCGAGAGAAAUGGGUCAGGAAUUAAUUAACCAGCACUUUGGCCACAACCUGAAGUCCACUCAGGAGUUUGAGGAUUCAGCUGAUAUGUUCUACAGGCUGUUGCAAGACGACGAGUCCAGCGCAUUAAACGCUGGGCCACUCUCUGAAUGUGAACCCAGACCAGUGAGUGAACUUGGAGAGGAAAUCAGAAAACUGAUUUUGAAAAUUUACAAUGCUUUCCUCAGUGCUGAUGGCAAGAAAGUCAACUAUUCCGGCAUAGCCAAUAGUUCCGAGUUUGAGACGUACGUGCGACUAACACGUGAACUUCAUCGGGUGAAAAUUGAAAAUGCCACUGUGGAGGAAAAACUGUCAUUCUUCAUCAACAUUUACAAUGCUUUAGUCAUCCAUGCCAAUGUGGUGCGGGGACCGCCUGUCAACCUAUGGCAGCGAUACAAGUUUUUCAACACCGUCAGGUACAUUAUUGGAGGUUACCCCUACUCUCUUCAGGACAUAGAAAACGGGGUUCUUCGAGGGAACAGGAAAGGAGUGGGUAUGAUAUUUCGCCCUUUCUCCAAAUCUGACCCUCGGAUCAAGAUUGCCCUCAGCCAGCCAGAGCCUCUGAUCCAUUUUGCUUUGGUGUGUGGGGCAAAAAGUUGUCCUCCAAAAACCUACUCCACAGAGGGUAUAUAUGAUCAACUCAAACUGGCAGCAGAGGCUUUCCUGGAAGGGGACGAUGGUUGCCAUGUUGACAGUGCCAAAAAGGAAGUCAAAAUGUCUAUGAUAUUUAAAUGGUACAGGGAAGAUUUUGGAGAGAACAACCAACAGGUUGUGGAAUGGCUGUGUAAGAGGAUGGGAGAUGGCAAGAAGAAAUCAGAGCUAUCAGAGCUCAUCUCAACAGGGGGCUACAAGGUGAAACACUUGCCCUAUGACUGGGGGGUCAACUCAAGCUGAGCCGAGGGUUUCAACUCAAAAAGGCAUCAACACAGCUGACAACAUAAGAAGAAUUAAGAUGUGGGAGGGGCAGACAACUCUAGAAUAUCUCUGCCUGCUUUGUUGCCAUAUAUUUCAAGAAUUUGUCUCAUUUUUGGUGUGGCUGUGUCCUGUUGUAAGAUAACAAGAAUGUGAUUAGAAGUUACCAUACUACAGAGAGAUUUAUUUCUUUAUGUGAUAAAUGUUUGAUGUCAUACUCAAGGAUAUUUCACUUAUGCAUUGAUGGUCAGAGGUAUAGUGGGGAAGAAACUAGGGAGACAGGAGAAAGAGACUUAUUUCACUCAGGUUUUAACUGUUUUGUUACGGGCAGGUAGAACUUCAUGGCUUGCUAAAUAAAUAAAGUGAUAUAAAAUUGUAUAAGGAUUACAAAUAUGUUCCAUGAGACCAGCUGAGUUUCACAUAGUUUGGUUUCAAUCUGCAUCUGAAUGUCUCUUUUAAUUUGGGUUAGAUGUUUGUAUAUUAUCUGUUGAGCACAUAUCUUUUUAUAUACAUAAAAGUGGUCCACAUCUAAGUCUUCUGAUGCAUAGCACCCCCAAAAUUGACAAUGGUAUCACCCGAUGAGUCACUAAAAAUAAUAUGUAGGCAUGCUACAGUAGUGCUCUGCCUUAGAGCUCCAUAAUUUGUCCACUGUUUGUCUCUACCACCAAAGAAGAAGCCUGAUGAAAACGAGUCACAUCGCUUUAAAAUGUACACUUAUGCCCGUUUUUGUGUUAUAUUUGGUUGUCAACAUUGUAUUUGAAAAACUGCUUUACUCCAGACUUUGAAAUAAGACGAGUCUGUUUAUUUUGGUUAUGAACACCAUGCAUGCCUGAUGGCAUUUUCCAUUAUUCACUUUGACUUGAUAGGUGUAUUUUAAGGUGCCAAAACUGUUUGUUUGCAUAGUUUUUGCAUUACAUUAUUAGAUAGUGAGAUAGUGGGCUUUAUUGAUCCCAAUAUUGGUGUUCCUGUUAAUGGUGAUCCUAAUAAUGGUGAUCCCAUUAGUGUGUUCCUGUUCAUGGUGACCCUAUUAAUGGUGUUCCUGUUAAAGGUGAUACUAAUAAUGGCUUCCCUGUUAAUGGUGACCCUAAUAAUGGCAUCCCUGUUAAUGAUGUCCCUUUCAUGGUGAUCCUAAUGAUGGUGUCCGUGUUAAUGGUGAUCCUAUUUAUAGUGUUCCUAUCAAUGGUGAUCUUAAUAAUGGUGUUGCUGUUAAUGGUGAUCCUAAUGAUGGUGUUGCUGUUAAUGGUGAUCCUAAUAAUGGUGUCCCUGUUAAUGGUGUCCCUGUUAAUGGUGAUCCUAAUAAUGGUGUCCCUGUUAAUGGUGAUCCUAAUAAUGGUGAUCGUAAUAAUGGUGUCCCUGUUAGUGGUGUCCCUAUUAAUGGUGAUCCUAUUAAUGGUGUCCCUUGUGAAUGAUGUGAACUUUUUCUACUUUUAUAUUCUCGUGUGAACAAAGUUUUUGUUCGAACUGUGAUGUAAUAUGGAUUCGUGCAUGUGAAAAAAACUUAUCUCUUGACUCAUUUCACAAGUACUUGUAUUAUGGAUUUGAAAAACUGCUGUAGAUGAAUUGUUUCUCAAUUCUUUAUGUAUGAAAUCAGGUUAUACUAUAGAAAUGUCAUUCGUCUUCUUGCUACAGUUUGUUUCUGUUCUGACAGUUUUACUGCAAAAUUUUCUGACAGUUCACGUGUAAUAUACCAGAUACUCACAGCAUCACAGUUUAAAGC